GGUGUGGGUAGGUUAACAGAGAGAGAGAGAAAGAAACAUGAUUUCAUUUCAGGGGCGAGUGAGCACGGCUGAAGAAUGAAAAUGAGAGAGAGAGAGAGGUGGAGAGACCUUGAGCUGUAACAGGGAAAGAGAGGCAGCUGAGGGCGUGCAGAUCAGUUGUCGGCAGAUGGAGAAGAAGUCAGAGCAGAGCGAGACACGGACCGACUGAGAACCAGGACGCGCUCAGUUUAUCUUCAUUUACAAAAAAACAAACAAACAAAAACAAACAGGAAGCUGCUUCUGUCUGAGGAAAAACAGGUGUACGUCUCCAUGGCAACAGGUGCGUACGUGUUGCUGAGUGCGGCUGUCGGUGUGUGCGUAGCAUUUAACCUCGACACAUCCUUCCCGCUCUUGAAGACGGGCGAAAACGGGAGUCUGUUUGGGCUUUCAGUUGCUCUCCACCAAGACCUGAGGACGGACGGUUACCUACUAUUGGUUGGAGCUCCCAGGGAGAAGGCCGAGCCUAAUGUUCAAGCCAAUCGAACAGGAGGAGUGUAUGGCUGUCCAAUCAAUGCUGACCAGUCAGACUGCAGGAGGAUAGCGCUCAUAGAUUCAGACCUGGAUGUGUCUAAUGACCUGGUGGAGGACAUGUGGUUGGGUGUCUCAGUGGCCAGUCAGGGCCGACCUGGGGGGAGGGUUCUGGCGUGUGGUCAUCGCUUUGUUAAACUUUACGGGGCGUCCAAACUCAGACAGAUGAUUGGUCAGUGUUAUGUCCGUGGAACCGACCUGCAGUAUGACGCUAAUGAUAGACAAUGGCAGAACCCAUAUCAACCCUGCAAUCACCAGGCGGACAUCAGCAAAGAGGUCAUGUGUAACAUGGGGAUUUCAGCCUUUAUGACUCAGACGGAAGUCAUUGUUGGCUCACCUGGAAGCUACGAAUGGCAAGGAAAUGUCCACAUCCUGUGGAAAAAUCCAAAUGAUGAAUUUGACACCCGGGAGGCCGUCCUUUCCAGCUUGGAACGCAGAAACAUUUAUAUAGGAUAUUCGGUUACUCAGGCUGCUCGUCUUCUUUCUCCGGAUGUUGAAACCGUAGUGACAGGUGCUCCAAAGGACAGUAAAGAAGACGCCCGUGGCUCGGUGCUGCUGGUGGUCAAACACUCGAGUGAACUCACAAUUCAGCAGACUCUGCGCGGUCAACAGACGGGCUCGUACUUUGGAAAUGCCGUGGCAACUGUGGACCUCAACAAUGAUGGGUGGAACGACCUUAUAGUGGGCGCACCUUUUUACUUUCAUCGUCAGCGGGAGGAGGGUGGGGCAGCCUAUGUCUACAUGAACACUGGAGGGCGGUUUGACUCUGAACCCAGUGUGGUGCUGAAGGGACCGGCUGGAUCAGCGUUUGGUAUGGCCGUUGCUUCUGCUGCAGACCUCAACCAAGAUGGCUUCCAGGAUUUUGCAGUCGGUGCUCCUUUCCAUGAAACAGGAAGCGUGAUGAUCUUUACAGGGAGCAGUGGAGGGAUCUCGACAAAGCCAAGCCAGGUCAUCCAGGGCAGCAGUGUCUCUCCGAGGUUCAGGACAUUUGGAUACUCUCUAUCUGCAGGUCUGGACGUUGAUGGGAACAAAUAUCCAGACCUGCUGGUUGGCUCUUUGGACGACACCGUUGCUCUGCUCAGAUCUCGUCCGGUCAUCUACCUCAAUAAAACAAUCAGAGUUUCUCCAUCUAUUGUCGACCCCAACAGCUGCAACUUCUGUGUUCAGGUGGAGGUGUGCUUCUCCUACCUGUUCAGCAGCGGAGACAAGAGCGACAGAGACAACAUCACUGUCCAUUUCACAGUAGCCGCUGACGUCACCAGCCUCAAGCCCCGCCUCCGUUUCCAAGACAACAAACAGAACGUGUACUCUGGUUUCCUGUCGAUGCCAAAAAAGCACUGCGAAACACUAAGUGUCGGACUCCUGAGUCCAAUCCAGAACAAAGUGGAACCCUUGGUAUUCUCUCUUAACUUCUCCUUGUACGAGAUGUUUCCUGAGGAAAAAAACCCUGUACAGGACCUGAAACACUUCCCUGUGUUGAGCCAGACACCACAACCCAUCAAAACCGAGAUCCAUAUCCAGAAGGCCUGUGGUUCUGAUAACCGUUGCCAUAGUAACCUGCAGAUGGCAGCCCAGUUCACUGAUAAGGACCAUAAACCCUUCGCUGAGGAGCAAGGCACGCAGGUGUUGCACUACAAUGCUAGCAUCACAGAAUUGCUUCUGGAGAUUAACGUCAGCAACACACCAUCGCCAGGACGGCAAGCAGAGGACGCUCACAAUACUGUUUUGAGCAUUGACAUUCCACCAUCACUGCUGUACGGAGGUGUUAGAACACAGCCCAACGACACAGUGGUGGCAUGCUCUGCUAAGGAUGCUGUUCUUCUCUGUGAGCUGGGAAACCCAUUCAGGAGCAACCACCAGGUUAAGGUUUUCAUAGCAUUUCAGUCGUCUGAGAUAAGUUUGGACACCAAAGAGAUUCGGUCUCUGCUGCAGUUGUCCACGCACAGUGAGCAGUCAGAUCUGUCUCCGGUUUCUGUCUCCAUGUUUGUGAAGUAUACACUGCAGACAUCUCUACUUCUAAAGCGUUCACCUGGCCGCACCUCUUUCGGUGGUCAUGUGAUUGGUGAGUCGGCCAUGAACAAGACAGAGGACAUCGGCAGCCUGCUGCUCUUCGUCUUAGAGGUUCACAUCCAAGGGAAGCCGCUGGGUCACCUAGGACACCUGGAGGUGGAGUUUAAGUGGCCGAUGGAGACAACCAAUGGGAAGUGGCUGCUGUACCUCACAGAAAUCCAAGUCAACGGCACCUCGGAGCAUCACUGCGCUCCGUCCGGAGACGUCAUCAACCCGCUCAAAUUUGUGAUAUCAAAGGAGGAGAGGAGGAAGAAGAUGAGGAGGAGUCUGGGGGAAGAGGAGGUGGUGAGGAAUGAGGAGCAGAGAGAAAAAGCUCUACCUGUCCAACUGAGGGGACAGAAGAAGAAGACCUUUACACUGGACUGUGACCAUGGGGCAAAAUGCAAAAGCUUCGCCUGCCCUCUGGUCAACAUGAAUAACUCAGCAUAUCUGACCGUUAGAGCCAGACUGUGGAACUCCACCAUGAUCGAGGACUACCGUGAUGCAGCGAGUGUGUUAGUUCGGGGUCAAGCCACUCUUAAGCUAAAGACUAACAAACCCACUAUCAACAUGCAACAACAAAGCCUGGAGAUGGAGGUCAAAAUUGAUCCAGAGUUGGCGCUUCAAGUGGACUCCAGUGUCCCCAUGUGGAUCAUUGUGAUGUCUGCUCUGGCUGGGAUCUUGCUGCUGGCUGUGAUCUGCCUGCUGCUGUGGAAGUGUGGUUUCUUUGUGCACCAGAGGACAUGGCGGACCGCAGCGCUCCACCAGGGGAGGAUCCUGGGUAAAGACCAGCAGCAUCAGCAGCAUCAGCAGCAGUACAUGGACGCUGACGGUUUCCUCAUCCAGGACCAGGCCUCCUUGUCCCGAAACAGGAGGUCACCCAAACGCUGGGUGACCUCCUGGACUGAGACUCACUGAGGGACUCGCUGUACCCAUGGAAACACACCCUGAACCAAACUGUACCAGAGCGGACCCAAUUGGACCAAACCAGACCAACACACUGCCAGUCAUGUCUGCUGACAUCUGAAAACCCUCUAAAACAGCUUUCCUUUACUUCACUUAUUAGAUGUGCAGAUGUGAGGUUUCGGCCGGCUGCAGGGUUAAAGAUAUACAUGAAUGUGCUUAUAGAACAUCUUAUAAUUUAUCUGUAUUUGACAUGUGUUUAUGUUUCACUGUCGUCUGACUUCAGCUCCAAAUCAAAGGCUCAUGAUUUUGAUUUUAAAGGGCUACACUAGAUGAGCGCAGAAGGCGUCUUUUAGGACCAAAUAUGGCAGCAGGGUUGGUGUUCCAGGUUUUUAUCUAUUCUGUUUACCUUCUGUCUUUGUGCUGCCUUCGAGGCUCCGAAACGCCUCGUCCCUCUUGAAAAGAGUUAUUAGUAAAAUCAUUCCCGUUGCUCCAGUUGCCAAAGGAACCUGCAAAGGAAAUGUUUGUUAGUGUUGACAUAAUCGUUUUUUGUGUCCCCUACUUUAACUGCCAGCUUUUUGUAAGUGUUUUGAUAGAAUUAUGAUAUUUCUGACAGCACCUGAAAGCAGCAUCAGGUUCUGUGAUAUUUGGCUAAAAUGUGUGUCUGUGUGUUUUCUCUGUGUCAUUAAAGUCAUUUUUUGAGGA